CAUUAUGGUAUUAAUCGUAUCGUACACGACUUCUUGUUAAAGAGAACAACUGUUACUUAGUUGUUUAGCAGAGGUCACGGCAAUUGUGUGGAACUCGCGAUAUUUCAAGAUGACACCAGCUUUGAAGUUAAACAACAAUAUAAAUUUUCCUUUAAUAGGAUUGGGAACGUCUCAGGCAAAACCUGGAGAGAUGGAGAAAGCUGUAAAAGAAGCCAUCGAUAUAGGAUAUCGCCAUUUUGAUUCUGCUAUGAUUUAUGGAAAUGACCAAGAAGUAGGAACAGCAAUUAGAGAAAAAAUCGCUGAUGGCUAUGUGAAAAGGGAGGACCUCUUUAUUACGAACAAGCUUUGGAACACGUAUCACAGGCCGGAUCUAGUGGUACCAACUUGCAAGAAAACUCUCGAAACAAUGGGUCUAGAUUAUCUAGAUCUCUACCUAAUGCAUAACCCAAUUGCACUUAAGGAAGGAGAUACUCUGUUUCCGACAGACGAGACGGGAAAACUCAUACCCAGCGAUGUGGACUAUGUGGACACGUGGAAGGCGAUGGAAGAGUGCGUGAAGCUGGGUCUUGCUAAGAGCAUCGGCUUAUCUAACUUCAACAGUCAGCAGAUUCAGCGUGUGUUAGACGUCGCUACUAUCAAACCUGUUGUCAACCAGGUUGAGUGCCAUCCGUACUUUAACCAGUCCAAAAUGAUUGCCUUUUGCAAGGAGAGGGGGAUAGUGGUGACUGCUUAUGCUCCAUUUGGAAGGCCAGGAAGUACAGUGAAUUACAUUAGGCACGACGUCGCCCCGCUGCUGCAAGACACAAAGCUGCAAGAAAUCGCUACCAAACGCGACAAGACUGUAGCACAGGUUAUACUGCGGUAUCUGAUACAACAUGGCGUUGUACCAAUUCCAAAGUCAUCAAAUAAAAGCCGCCUACAAGAAAAUUUUGACGUCUUUAACUUCGAACUGACGCCUGUUGAGAUCAGUUCUAUAGACGCACUCAACAGCGACAGUAGAAUAUUCACAUACUCUCUGUUUGCGGAUUUAAAGGAUUACCCCUUCAACACUGAAUUCUAAAGAUAAAUUUUAUUUCAAAAUGAUAAUGGUGUCAUGAUUAAACUUGUAAAACAAGGGUUUAAGUCAAAUGUAGCUUUAAAUCUAUAAACAAGGAACUUGUGUUAAUUAGC